CUUUUGCUUAAACGAAAUACAAAUUGGACGUAACAAAUAUCCAAAUUCUAAGCGAUAGGAAAUAAAAUGACCGACACUGACUACGUUCCACAAAAGCAGAGUGAAGAGGAGGUAUUUUCCGACAUAUACUUAUCUUUACUGUCGCGACAUGUACACAGAUAUCCCGAAAAUGGGACACACAGAAUGUGGGUGCUUCCGCGAAUAAUGAUUGUAUUCAGCAGUGGGGAUUUGGACACGAUUACAGACAUCAUAACCAGUAAUAUGGUGCACCCCAUUGGAAGCGGACUGGUGGCAAGUGUUCUCGUAGAGGAAUCAAUAAGAGACGAAAUGAUAAGGAAAAUUCGUGCAAACUUAAAACCGAUGGAUGAGCGCAUUCAGCGACAUCCAAAUUACUUAAAAUCGGUUAAGUUUAUCGACCGCAUGAAGUGCUCAACAAUACACAUCGAGGAAUUCGAGGAGACAGACAUGAAAAAACGUUAUGGUGUCAGAAUGAAGGGAUCUCCAAUUAUAGUUUUGGACUUCCCGCAAUACUUUUUCGGUGAUAAGCCAUCGGCUGUUAUAACUUUAAGUACUUUUCGAAACCUCAGUGAAGUUGUGAAAUUGUAUAACCGAGAAGGCUUGAACUUCGAUUCAGUUUCUGUGUGGUCGGCUAAGUUGGCACAGUGCUUCGAUUUGGUAACCAGACUUCCACAAGCUUCGCAAUGGACUUUUAACUGCAUCAAUGAAUCAAUUACGAUCCCAGCACUGCCUGUUCCACCCAUCACUGGAGUUUCAAUCGUACAACAGGUUCACUUUGAGGUACAUGUGAUUGGUGACAAGGUAAAAACCAUAGCGUUUCCCAUCAACCAUCACGAAAAUUGAUGCUAAUUGAUGCCUUGUUUAAUAAAAUGUAUAAAUUAUUGGAAAAUAAAAAAAUUAUUAGAAAAUAAGUAAAUUAUUGGAACAUAAAUGUAUAUUAAAUAAAAAUUAGUACUACAAGAAGAUUUCACUAUUUCUAUACUUCGCUGAUUUUAUGAAUUCGUUAGAGUUUUAUUUAUAUUCUUCAGAAAUCUUAUUAUCUUGCCUGGUAAAAGUAACAAUUUUUGUAGUUCAUUCAACCGUCAAUACAGUACAAAAUUCAACUACAAAAUACAUGAUAGCAUUAUUCUACAGCCAAUCUACUGUAAAUGCUU